CGCGCAUAGCACGCACUAGAAGAAGACUGAGACGGCAAAAAAAAUGGCGAAGGUUCGUUGCCAGAGGAUCGGGUGCGAUGCGUUCUUCUCAGAAGAUGAUAAUCCCGAUGGCUCCUGUACUUAUCACGACUCCCCAAUAUUUCACGAUGGGAUGAAAGAAUGGAGUUGUUGCAAGAAAAGGAGUCAUGAUUUUAGUUUAUUUUUGGAAAUUCCUGGUUGCAAGACAGGAAAACACACAACUGAAAAACCCGUGCUUACAAAGCCCCCUAGUGCCGCCCGUAGGCCAGCAGUUUCAGUUCCAAACCCCACAACCAACUCAACAGCCAAAGAUGCAUGCCCUAGAUGCCGACAAGGAUUCUUCUGCUCUGAUCAUGGUUCACAACCGAGAGAACAGAAUAACAAAGCUUUGGAAGUUGCUCCAGCUGAAAGUAAUUCCAAUUUACCAAAACCCGAACCAGCACCGCCUAAAGUGAAGAAGAUUGUAGACAUAAACGAACCUCAAACUUGCAGAAACAAGGGAUGUGGCCAAACUUUUAAAGAAAAGGAUAACCAUGACACGGCAUGCAGUUACCAUCCCGGGCCAGCUGUAUUCCACGAUAGGAAAAGAGGGUGGAAAUGCUGCGACGUUCAUGUCCAAGAUUUUGAUGAAUUCAUGAGCGUUCCCCCGUGCGCAAAGGGAUGGCACAAUGCCGAUCCAGGAUCCUCGUAAAAGCGCCAAAAUUUUCCAUUGUCGUCUUAAGUUAACACCGAGUUUGGAGAAACUGUAAGAGCUAAUGCUGACCUUUCUCUAUUUUAUUCAUCUUAGUUAUUUGCCUUAAAGUUAUUGAUAUUGAGAGACAUUAAUGCUCAGCAUAAUCAAGUAUCAAACCCUACUAAGUUUCCUUUCCUUUUA